AUGACUAUCACCACGACAUCACUGGCUCUAGGGAAGGCUAUCCCCGAAGGGCCUCACGCGAUAUCAGUUCAAAUUCCGACAUGGAGCGAUAUGUGCGGUAUGGGACGAGGAGAUGUUCAGAUCAUGGAAGCUUUGCAAAAUGGAUAUCCGCGCACUUUUAUUCAUCAAACCAUUCAAAAGCUAUGUCGAGCAUGCCAAAGCCGAUUUCUUUCUUCUCCCGCAAAAAUUCUACUAUUCCCCGAUCAAAAAAGCGCCCAAACAUGCAAGAACUAUAUCACAUCAUCUACUAUUCACAAAAAUGAAGCUGUACCAUCCAAGUCGGUAUCAAUUAUCGCUUUGGAGAUUGGUGAAUCUCAACCAACAUUCCUAUAUGCUGGUCAAACACCAGGGCCAACGCUCUGGGCUGUGGUAUAUCCGGAAGAAUCAGCCAAGCCAGGAGCUCUAUUUUGGCGACUCACAGGAACCGGAAUAUCAUCUCGCCUUGCAGAGCAUUGUCUUCAAAAUAUUGACUCCAUGCAACGAGUCGAACGACCCGUGAAACGAUUCUAUUCUGCAAUGACCACCGUCCAUCCAGUAUACGAGACAAUACGCACUCGCAUCGCAUACCUAAUGGAUCGGGCUCCGGCUGAGACCCCUAGAAAUCUGACUGUGAAGCAUUCAGACGUCUUUCUCUAUCCAUCCGGCAUGUCCGCAAUCUACCAUACGCACCAAACGCUUCUCAAAUGGCGGGGUCUAGAGAGCGUGGUUAUUGGGUUCCCUUAUGAACUGACCAUCAAGAUGAUGGAGACAUAUGGCCCGUCAUUCAAGUUCUACAGCUUGGGUACCGAGGAACAGAUUGACGAGUUUGAGAUUUACCUUGAUACUAAGGCGCGAAUCGGCUCGAUGAUUCAGGCUGUCUGGUGUGAAUGUCCUUCCAACCCGCUACUCUACACGGUUGACCUGGGGAGAAUUCGAAGACUCGCAGACAAAUAUGGAUUUAUCGUCGUCGUUGAUGAGACGAUCGGUAGUUUUGCCAAUGUGGAUGUUUUGGGAGUGGCGGAUAUUGUGGUCACCUCGUUGAGCAAGUCGUUCAAUGGGUAUGCAGAUUUGUUGGCUGGAAGCGUCACCCUGAAUCCCAAUUCUGGCUACUACCGUGCCCUUAAGACCUGUCUGACGGAAGGCUACACCAACAAUCUCUAUAUCGACGACGCUAUACAACUAGAGCAUAACAGCCGCAAUUUCCUUCAGCGUGCAGCGCAGAUGAACACUACGGCCGAAUCCAUCGUCGACUAUCUAUCGCCAUUUGCUUCCGACCCAUCCAGCGUCGUGAGCGCGGUUCAUUACCCCAAAACAUGCCAGUCCGCGCAUCACUACGAAUCUCGUAUGCGUAAUGCAACCGACGAAUUCACGCCGGGAUAUGGAUGCCUCUUCACGGUCGACUUUAAUACGCUUGACGCAUCGCGGGCCUUUUUUGAUAGUCUAGACGUGUGGAAGGGCCCAUCGCUCGGCGCAAAUAUCACAUUGGCACAGCCCUAUGUGCAGAUGGUUCUGCAGAAAGAAAAGAAAUGGGCGGCUAGUCAUGGCUUGAGGGAGACGAUUGUGCGGGUCUCUGUCGGACUUGAGGGUAAAGAUGCUAUUCUACAGACUGUGAAAAAUGCCCAUAUGAUGGCGGAGAAGACGAAAGGCACUCAUGCUUUGUAA